AUGACCGCUGAGAACGCAGCAGAGGCAGGCCAUCCAAGUGCGCCUUUCAGCGUGGCCACUGCCAUUGCGCUCGGUCUGGUCGCCAGUUUCAUCCAGAGUCUUGGUCUCACAAUCCAACGCAAGUCACAUCUCAUCAACGAGACCCUCCCUGCCGCACGACGAAAGACCGAGUGGAAGCGACCACUAUGGCUUGUUGGCUUCGCCGUCUUCCUUGUCGCCAAUAUCGGCGGCACAGUCUUCCAGAUCGGAGCCCUACCCAUCGUCAUGCUGGCACCACUAGGGGCUGUCAGUCUUCUCUACAACGCCCUUCUUGCUCGAUUCUUGCUCAAUGACCUGCUCUCAAAGUACAUGGUCAUCGGCACAGCGCUCAUUGCAUCAGGAGCUGUCCUUAUUGGGUACUUUGGCGUCGUACCAUCACCCCCACACAGCCUUGACGAGCUGCUGGACCUCUAUGCACGUCCAACCUUCGUUGCCUUUGCUACAAUCUUCACCUUUCUCUUCGUAGGCCUGCUCACGGUCUCACAUCUGGCAGAAUGGCAGCUUCAUACUCGUGUCUAUCGCAACUCUUUACCUGCUCGUCCUCAGAAGCAGAAGCAUCGCAGUGCUCAUGGUUUGCGUGGAAGAUUGCGGAGGCGGUGGUCGGCUCCUACUCUUGCACCAGUGGUCGAGGUGAACGAGAGCAGCUCUGGAAUCGCAACCCCCGUUCUCGCAGUACGGGACGAGGCAAAUCGACAUUCGACGCUGGCAUUCAGUCCGGCGCAGAACCUACUCUACCGUCGGAGCAUCGUCGCAACACCCAUGCCACCGCUCGCUGCCGGUGUCGCUGAUCUACAGACAUCACCUAGCGAUGCUCGAUCUGCCUCGUCCCGCUCCAAGACAACCGAAACCUCGAAACGCGACUACGGAUCCCUCGGUCGCAGCGAACUGAAGUCACGCAAACGCAAAAAGUCUCUCAAUGUGCCACGGCUGGAACUCAGAGAGGCAGAACAACGCAUUGAUGCAGAGACGAUCAAACAGACCAAAUUAGGUCUGGCUGUAGCGUAUGGUGGAGCGAGCGGUACUCUCUCGGGUGCAUGUCUGCUCCUAGCUAAGUCUGCAAUCGAGCUUCUCAUGCUGACUUUCUCAGGACAGAACCAAUUCGGACAUUGGCAGAGUUGGCUUUUAAUCGGCAUACUUUUGGCUGCAGCUCUGCUUCAGCUUUGGUAUCUGAACAAGGCGCUGAAGCUUGCUGAUCCGACACUUGUGUGUCCUUUGGCAUUCUGUUUCUACAACACAUCGAGUAUCGCUCUUGGUCUGGUGUACUUUGAUCAGCUCGGUGCGUUGGCGUGGUACGAUGUUGUGUUGGUGGCGGUGGGUACGGCGGUGCUGUUGGGCGGUGUGUGGAUGGUCAGCUUGCAUGGGAAUCAGGAAUGUGAUGAAGGACUGAUUUGUGAUGAACGCGAGACUCAGCCUCUGCUUUCGUCGCCAGGGCUCUCGGAGCGAUCAAGGACGUCGUCAGAUGCCCAUUCUGAAGUAUUGGUGGCAGCGAACGGGGCUGGCAUUGCAGGACCGCACCUUGCACCAGUGACCAGCUCGCCCCACUCAUCUUCCUUCGUAGAUCACAACGUUGCUCCGCUCACCAGUCCAGAAGAAGCCGCUCUGACCAUUCACCACGACCACACAGCACAACACCCGGACAGCAGCACCACCAGAACGGUCCCCCACCUGGGUGCUGCUCCACCCACCAAACGCCGUCCGAGCAACACUCAACAUCGACCGACAAUCACACUCGAGUUCCCACUCCGAGACGACCUCUUUUCGCCUAAACACGAUGAUGAUCUGGAAUCUUUUGCCGCCGUCACCGCCUCGCCGUCUGCUCAUCAUUCACCCAAAACCUCGCAAUCGGAUCACGACGGUAUUACAUCCAGCAGAAGAAAGCAUUCUCUCUACAACACAAUCUUGGAACACGGUCUAUCGAUCGGCAUCAGCCCGAGCUCUCCCGGCUUUCACCUGCAGCCUCGUUCGCCAUCACUGUCGAUAGUCAACUCGAACUGGCAAAGCCCAGCAAGACAUCCUCAGAGAAGUAUGUCGGAGGCUGAUGCGCCGUCCACUGUGACAGGGUAUAGACAGAGGAGGCAUCGGCAGGAGGCAAGUGAAGAUUCUACAGAACAGGCUGCUGUGGGUGGGGAGAAUGUUGAGGGGGAAGAGAAUGCGAGUAGUUCUGGGCUCGGUAUUAUGUUGGAUCAGAUGGAUCUCAGUAGAAGACUGGAGGCUGUGGGGAUCAGUAAGGAGACUGGGAAGAAGUGGUGGAGUAGGCUCAGGCCGAAAUGGGGGAGGGGAAGGGCAGAAGCGGAGCCCUUGUUAGACGAGACAGAGGGUGGACGUGGAGAUUUCAUUGUGACGAGUAACAGUAAUGGGAGUUUGAUGGCUGCCCCGCGUCCAGCUGGAGGGCAGGCGGCCGGCCCAGGGCAAGUCGGUCUCGGCAUAGAGGCGAAUGUGAGUGCUGACCCUCCGUCGACAAACGGAAGGCGCUAG